AUGGCGCAUCCCGAGAGGCUUGGACUAGCGAGCUUGAGGAUUGAAACCUCUUUCAACCAGCAGCACCUGGACCGAUCGAAUGAGAACCAGACCGAGAGGAGGAAACCAAAUUCGGGCAGUGAUGGUAUCAAGAGCGACCAUCUGAGAACAGAUCAUGACCACACCGCGCGAUGCCGCGAUACUAAUGAUGACCGCAGUGUGAUCAGUGAAACACAUUCAGCCACGCUUCCGAUCUCGGUUCCUCGUCAUGAGGGUCGUCAUUUAGAUGAUGCCUCCUCCUUCCCAGACCGACCUGAUGAUAUCCAGAACUCACCCCUGGACAAUUAUUUUGAGACUCGCCGGGCCUCCAUCACGUUUAACCCCAAGGUUUCUCUUGGUGCAGGCGUGCAGUAUCCAUUGGACCAACCCUUGGCCAAAGGUGGUGCAAGCACGCGGCCUCCAUUGAAAUUCGAAUCUCGAACCUCAGGCCUGCGCAACGCCCUCACCCGUGAUGAUGACUUGGAUCAUCCCAAGAUUGAUUCUUGGGGGUUCCACGCCAAGCGUUCCCCAGAAGACCGGGCCAUUCCCACUGGAUCGGCCGGUCAACGACAGUCCGAAAGUUCGGAAAGUCAAUCAACCUCUGGCCGUGAUCUUGACCAGCCAACUUCCUUAACGUCGCUUUCGACGGUAUCACCGAUUGCAGAAGAAGUACGGACGCCGCCCGAAAGUGUCAAGGAUCCCUUACUUUCUCCACUGUUUAUUACUUCACCGGCGCAAUCAGUGACCUCGCCGGACGAUCGCAGCGGCUCCUGGUCCGGUGGCUUGAUUACUCCUUUCGGGAGCAAAACGAGGCGAUCGGCUCUGGAUCGCAGCGGCAGUCUUCGCCAAAGCGGAUCAAGACGGUCGACUCUUUCCAGCGGGAAAUCGCCUGCUAGUGCAUUCCUCUCCAUGUGGUCGGGCAAAGAUGAACCUGUCGCGUCUCCAGAUGACGAAGGUCAGACCGUGGGCACAGAUUAUGUCCUUGGCAAACAGAUCGGGUUCGGCGGCUUCAGUGUAGUGAAGGAGGCCUACAAAGUGGAAGAGCACGGCACCACCAAGCGCUUGGCCGUCAAAAUCGUGAAGAAGAACAUGGUCGAUCGCAGUGAGAGGGAAAAUGAAGAGGUUCAGGCAGAAUUUGACCACGAGGUUCGAGUCUGGCGGUAUCUCAAUCACCCUCAUGUUUUGACCCUCGAUGCCGUAUAUGAAACAGACUACGCGACAUUUUGUUUCACGAAGCUCGCCAUCGGCGGCACAUUAUUUGACCUCAUCCGUCAGAACCGCCAAGGCCUUGAUAUGGCUCUCGCAAAGAAAUACUCUUACCAGCUCGCGUGUGCGAUCCGCUAUCUACACGAAGAUGCACGCGUUGUCCACCGCGAUAUCAAGCUCGAGAACUGCCUCCUCGACCCAGUCGAGGCUUCCGACGGAUCGACUUCCUCUUCACUCGUGCUUUGCGAUUUUGGUAUGGCCGAGUGGAUGAUGACCGACGAUGGGGGUGAAUCUCCUGACCCUUACAGCGAGGCGGCGGAUCGGCCACCACCAAAGCUAAUGGGUCCGGCUGAUUCAAGUACCAGUGUGGCAGGAAGUCUGGAAUACGCAUCACCUGAAUUACUUGAAUCGUCCGCGGGGAUCAUCCAUCCAUCGGUCGAUAUUUGGGCAUUUGGUGUCAUUGUGUAUACAGUCAUUGUUGGAUCACGACCCUUCCAAGACUCCUUCAUGCCUCGUGUCAGAUCUAAUAUCAUCAGCGGUACCUGGGACCGCGAGGCGAUGAUAAAGGAUGUCACUGACGACUCUGCCCUGGAGGAUUACCAAAAUGCCCUCGACCUGGUCAUCGGCUGUCUUGAAAUGGACGCCCACAAGCGGUGGACCAUACGUGAUGUCCUGGCCAGCGCCUGGCUACGAGACGUCGCCCAAACCGCCGACGAGCCCUCUCAAGAUUCGAUUUGGAAGCUCUAG